GAAUCCACGAUCUGGCAUUCAUGGCACCCGAGAUCUGAAUGCUGACAUCCACACCCGAUUCGCGCUCGUACCGACUGUCCCAAGCUGAGCUGCAUUCACCACUCGGGCACAACCUUGAUACUUUUGACAGCCUUUUGCCUUUGACAGCUACGCACAUCCAGACAUCGGAAAGUCCCUCGAGUCUUCACAAUACGCCGUCUCGCUCGGGUGCAUUGCCGCACGCAGGUCCUUCGACGAACAGCAACAGUUGGCACGGCAUUAUGAGUUACCCGUUCAAUAGCUCAUAUGCGGCUCAAAAGAGUCCUUCGCCUUACCAAAGUGGAACAGGUUACGAGACCUACUCUUCAAGUCAAGGUGCAGGUCAAAGUGCAGCGGCACCCCACGCGUACAGAUCAGCAAGCACUCACAAGAGGACAGACACCGGAUUCUCGUACAAUUCGGAUGGCGGGGAUGCGGCUGGGAAAAGCCGAUCUAGAGAGGCGGAAAAGGAUGCGGGUCAAGGACCUUAUGGACCCAGCUAUGCUUCUGGGACGGGAGGGGCUGCACUAUACGGCAGCAAGGGCAUCUUCACACAAGAGGACAAAGGUGCUUUUGGUGCCAGGAGCGUCCCUGUGCGAAUCUUCAGAUCGAUCGGAUGCAUCAUCAUCUGGGCCAUACUCAUCAUCGUCUCGAUCGUGUGCCUGGUCGUUAUGUUUGCACGGCCGCCGAAUGUGGCCAUUUCUGGCAUCAAUCCUCCCAGCUCAGACGACAUCUCCGUUCAGGCCUCGGGCGUGACGUUCAAUAGCUCCAUCAACUUUGCCAUAUCCAAUCCCAAUUCCAUUUCUGCCACCAUCACAAAGCUGACGGCGCAUGCAUACAAUAAGGACGUCAACACCGAUGUGGACGUCGGCAGAGGGACGAUCGAAAACAAAAAGAUCGAAGCGAAUUCCAACACCACCAUUCACUUCCCAUUCCAGCUGGCGUACGAUCUGACCAAGGACAGAAAUUCUGCCAUUAUAAAGGACGUCAUCUCCAAGUGUGGUCUGGGAGGAGGAGGUGGAAACGGCCAGCUCGAGUACACGCUCAAGGUGGAUGUCAGACUAUCGAUUCUGAGCGUCGCCAUUCCCUUUACCAUUACUCGCCCGCUAUCCUUCACUUGUCCUGCCAGCACCAUCUCCUCGGCUCUACAAAAUCUGGGUCUGGGUGACAUCAUCAACAGCUUGGGCGGCAGAGCUUGGAACUUGAGACGAGCAUUACCCGAGGAGGAAGAGUGGAGCGAGGCGCGAAGCGUGCAAGAGAGGCUCGGAACGAGAGACGAUAUUGUUAGGGUGACGCAGAUGCUGGGCGAAAGAGCUCGGGAUGCGUUUGAAGAAAGACAGAGAAGAGCGCAGCCUGUGGCCAUCGAGUACCAAGCGAGCAGACGAGCGCUACAUCCCGAUGCUCUGUAGAACGUGCUGCUUUUCUGGUUGCAUUUCUUUGCAAGCGCCGUCAAGGGGCACUUGUUGACAGUCUUUCUGCUUCUCAUGCCAUCCCCCUAUUGCAACUCAUCUCUGCCCUUGACUCGACUCUCUUGUCGAUUCGUGAUUGUAUCACCGGCGUUGUUCGCAGCCUGCUUCGUAAUCUUCAUGGACAUUUGCAGUGCGUCAUGCGCUUUUGCUAGAUAGAACACACGCCCAAAUGCACAGCU